GAUGCCAAUAUGCUGGAUGUAUUCGGCUCGCAAGCCCUUCCUUCAGGCUAGGAUUUGCGUGUUUGUUUAUUUUCCCCGGGCAUGUUUCCAACAUGACUCACUCACGGCUUUCUGAAACGAACUCCCAUUUCUGUCUCCUCCUCUUUUUGCUUUUUUUCUGAGCAAGGCAGAAAACCACCAGUCCCAAGUUCUGAGUUGCCAAGCGAAGAGGAGGACGCAUCCCAGGCCGCAAUGUCGGGGUGCAACUUUUGCAGCGUCUUGGUGACCGGAGCCAACCGAGGCAUCGGUUUGGAACUGGUGAAGCAGAUUUUGGGACAACCCAAACCUCCCCAAAAGCUCUUUGCCACUUGCCGGGACCCUCAAGGAAGCGGAGCCCAGGAAUUGAAAAAACUGGCUUCCAAGCAUCCCAACCUGGUGGUCUUGCAGCUCGAAUCCACCGACGAAGCAAGCAUCAAGGCUGCCGCCAAAGAAGCAGAGACCCACUUGGCCGGAAAGGGCCUGACCCUAUUGAUCAAUAAUGCCGGCAUCAUGCCGCCCAGCACCCUCGAAUCCGUGACCCAAGACGACAUGCUCAGCGUCUACCACACCAACGUCGUCGGGCCCAUGAUGAUCACCAAGGCUUUUCUCCCGAUGCUGAUACAGGCUGCAAAGAAGACCUGCGGAAAGGACCAGGGCUGUGUCAAACCUGCCAUAAUAAACUUCUCCACCAUCGGCAGCUCCAUCGGAAAUGCUCCGCACAUGGGCACGUUCCCAGUCAUUGCUUACCGCUGCAGCAAAAGAGCACUGAACAUGCUCACGCAAUGCCAGGCCCUGGAGUACAAGGACAAGGGCAUCCUGUGUGUGGCAAUCCAUCCCGGGUGGGUGAAAACGGACCUAGGGACAGACAAGGCUGCUCUGGAAGUGGAGGAGAGUGUGGCUGGGAUCCUGCGUGUGCUCUCCCACCUCUCCGAGGAGCAAAACGGACGCCUCGUGGACUGGGAAGGAAAGAUUGUGCCCUGGUGAAAGAGUAUAUGGCGGAUACACAGAAACUAUCGCCCAUAGAAUCAGGCAUUAGAG